AUGGCAGACGGUAAGAUGAGAUGAUGCUUUAUUUCGCAAUAGGCGACAAAGAAAGAAUAGAAGCUACUCCUUGCAAUGGAUUCACUAAACACACAAUUGCAGUGAAUCGAAAUUGGAAUUGCAAAAUCUAGACAAAAGAAGCUUAACAGGAAAAAUUCUCCAGCUCAGAUAUAGACACAGCUUGAUUGUUUAAAUCUUAAAAUUCAGAUUUAAUUUCGCUACAAUUCAGAGUUAUUAUUAUUAUUGCCAUUUAUAUAGCGCCAACAGAUUCCGUAGCGCUUCACAAUAUUAUGAGAGGGGGGAUAUAACUAUAAUUAGGACAAUUACAAGAAAACGUACAGAAACGAAGGGUUGAAGAGGACCCUGCUCAAACGAGCUUACAGUCUGUAGGAGGUGGGGUAGAGUUCACUGAAUAAACUCAACAAAUAAUUGUGACAAAUAAUUACAAGUUUAAACUGUGUUUUAAAUCCCAGUCUUUACUUAUAUUGUUUGUAUUUCUCUACUGCAUGGCUGUAUAACCAACUGAAUUUACAACUCGGAUUGUACUACCUGGGUCAUACAAUAACCUAACUAUAUCCCCCAUCCCUCCCCCGAAAAUAUUCUGGUAGAUUAGAUCCUAUUACUGACUCACUGUGAUUGUUGUUUUCCUAGUUAAUGUUUUUGUGGUCUGUUGUGGUAAGUUGAGUCUUUCCUUAUAUAACCUUCCCUGUUAUUUUAAACAUACUUUCCUACAGCCGUCAUAUCAUCUUUGGGUUAGAUUCACUAAACAGUGAUUUGUGGGGAGUAGAGAAAAGUUAUGCUAAAAUAGUAAAUUGAAUUAAUAAAGAAAAUCUUUAGCUUGGGGAACUUUUAGCGGAGGGACUUCUGCCUAAAUUUUGCAAGCUGGACCGCAGGGCAUCACCAGUCACCGUUGAGAGAAUAUUUUGACUCUAGGGUAAGGCUAAAUAAAUGUGCAUUUACUUGGAAGAAUAAUUAUUUUCCAUUAUAAAUGUCUCACAUCUGUCAAGGAAGGAUUAAAAGGACUUGAAUAAUGUUAGAUUAUGUCAGGAUUGUUUUUAAACAGCUAUUCUAAAAGUGAAAGUAUACAUCUGCAUACAACAUAGAUUUACUAAAAAGGUGUUAAUUUAGAGCUUAGUUUCACUUUGAGGGCCAUCUGUACUAUAGGAUUAGGCUCAUAAAAUCAGUUAUACAAUAGUUAUCAACAAAGUGCACAGCAUGUAUUACUUGGUCACCAUGCUAUGACAUAGAGUUUGAAAACUAGCACUGAGAUGGUUAAUUGUAACUCAAGUUUUCUGCCUGGUUACCCUGUAACACAAUGUAAUACAGUCAGUGGCAGGGUCUGUCUUCUAUUAGGGCAAGUUUUGGCUAAAUCUUCAUUCGGAUGGGGUUAUUUAUUAAAGAAGAAGAAGGUUAGAACUAAAAGUUAUGCUUCGAUGGUGCGUGACCAGAAGUCACAUUUUUUAAAUUUAUUUUUUAGUGGAUAAAUGGAAGGAACCGGGAAUCCAUGCUAGCAUGUGAUGGAGGCUCGAAAGGGAAAUAAAGAAUAUCUAUUUAGAACAUGGUUGGAAUUUAUUACAUUGAAGGCCAAAUUGCAAAAUUCCAGUCAAAAAAGCCAAGUUAGAGAAAUUUUCCGAAUCGGUUAUUUUGGUGUAAAUGUUGCAAUUUGGGUUUUUUUCACCUUACUAAAAUUCACUGUUUAGUGAAUAAACCCUUUGAUGGGGAAAAAUAAUCACAGUGUAUUUACGGAUAGAGAAUGUGUUGAUCAAGGUAUUUGUAUUCUGUUAAGGUCAAUGAUUCCGGUGAUACAGAAAAAAAAAAUAGAAAAGAAAAGAAAUGCAUUCAACAAAUAAACUGGUACUGUACAAAUAAAAUGUGUUCUCUCCUGUUUGUGAGUUAAAAUAGUGUAACCAAUGCUCUGUGACAGAUGGCCGCGUGAUUGUCAGUAAACGCCAUUUGAAUACAAAGUGACAUUUUUCUGUUUAUGGGAUACACAAUUACCUGAUUUAAUUAAAUCAAAUGCGUAUUUUCUUCCCAGCUCAAGACUUGUCAAAUGGUAUGCAGGAUAAUUUCCACUAUGGUAAGUUUUACUGUGUCUUAAACCAAUUUUGUAAUACCAAGUGUUGGCUAUUGAAACUCACAUCAUGAAACCUUGAGAAGAGAACAAGUAAUGACAAUUAUUCUUGAUGGACAUCAGUGGCGUAGCUAGGUUGGGCCGACCGGAGUUAAAGCCCUGAAUGGAGCUUGAAAAAUCCCAGUGUCAGAUUUACUCGCCCCCUUUGACUGUUAGCCCAGAGUCGCCUGUGAUAUUGUGAGAGCCAUAACAUUUCUAAAUGGAAAUUUAGUGACAGUGCCACUUUAAUACACCAUUUGUGGAGGUAAUUAUAUAGUACGGUGUGGGACUAUUGCUGUGGAUGCAAGUCUUUAUUGAAAUAAGUACAUGGUUCAUACAGCAGGUAUGAGGUUCAUGCAGUAUAUUAUGAGGUUAAUACAGUAGGUGUAGGGUUAAUACAGCAUGGUGUAGGGUUAAUACAGCGUGUGGUGGGGUUAGUACAGCGGGUAUACGAUAUAUAGGAUGAAUUCAGGUUAAUUUAGAAGGUGUGACACUUAUAAAAAUAAGUUUAUAUAACCCUCUAAAUGUAUUCACUGAUUUGGUGUCAUAAAUGGAUUUGUAAAAGAUGUUAGGGUUUAGGGUUGGACAUAGGGUGAUGUAUAGGGUGAGAUUUUAGGAGGGGCUUAAGUCAAUGUAUAUGAGAGAGGCCAUAACAUUUACAUUAAGCUAAAGCACCUGUUCUUUCCACCUAGCAGUGCACCUGCUCUUCAUGGAUUGAAAAGUUAAAAGGAUACUUUUAAAAGGAACUAUUUAAGCAACAUAACACCUAGAGUGCACUAUAGUGAUUAUAUAGCUUUGAGUACCCUUGUGCUGUUCCCAGUUUAGAAAUAUUUCCAGGGUUUUUCUGUACUUGUUACCACUCUUACUUCUGUUAUGUUGUGGUGGCAGAAGUGGGAUCAAAUAUAUUGACUUUCUGAUUUAUAACCCAGAUCCGGCAAAAUAUCCUACUGAAACCCAGUGCUAAUGAUCAAUUAUCUCUUCCUAUAAUAUCAUCUCACAUAUUCCCAUCCUUAAAACAUCAUCCCAUUUUCUUUGUCCCGUUUCUCCUUGUUUUCUAUUAUGUGUUUUGUCUAUUGUACAUACCCUUUCUUUUUCCCUACCUUCAGAUUACGAGACUGUAAGGAAAGGAGGUCUCAUUUUUGCUGCGGUUGCAUUUGUUGUUGGAAUGCUGAUCAUAUUCAGUAAGUAUCAAAUAUUUUCCACAAGUACAUCCCAAACCUUCUAUAGUUAUAUUGGUAUAACAUAAUUUCUGUCUGUUGCACCUGUUGAUAGAUCUGCUGACAAUCGCCUCUUCCAAUUUAAUGGCUAUUUGCCUAUUGAUUCAUGUAUCCAUUUAUUAUCUGUACACCUCUCUGUUUACCAUGUGUUAUCUGCAAGACAAUCACUAUCUCACAUUAUCUCUUGCAGUUAAGUAAAAAAAACAAGCUAACUGACCCUAAUGGUUCUUCUGCUUGGAUAAUAAAUUACUCGUUCUGUUUGCUCGCUCAUUUCCAACCUAUCUUCCACAGGUGGCAGAUUUCGGUGUGGGAGGAAAAAACAACUGGGGUGAGUUCUGGCUUCUCCGCUCCCAAAUAUCAAUAUUUAAACUGAUCACUUUCACUGCAGGAGAAAAACAUAGCUCUCUAAAAUAUCUUCUUUGUCUUUGCAGAGCCAUCACCGAUGACCUGUGA